AUGGCGGCUUCCAGGGGAAGCGCCUUGGCGUUAGCGGCUGUGCUGCAGCUGCUGCUCCUACUGCUUGCGGGUAACGUCGUGCCGAGCGCGGGUCAGGACACGAGCCUGCAGCAGUGCUACUGGCCGCUCAACGACACGGAGGCGAGUAUUUUGGGGGAUGUGGGAGCGAAUCUGGAUUACUUUCCGUACGACUUUUCAUUCAUCACCACUUGCGUCAACGUCGGCCUCACAUGCAGCGACGCGGGCUAUGUCACUCAAAUAAACUGGCAGUACAAGGCGAUUCAAGGGGAGCUUCCUUCACAGAUUUUCCAGCUGAUGCACCUUGAAUAUCUGUCGCUGCGAGACAACUACCUGCGUGGCACCAUCCCCACUGAAAUCGGCAACCUCGUCAAUCUCACGUUUUUGGACAUAUCCAACAACUCCUUCUCAGGCCCCUUCCCCACCUUCUUCAGCCGACUCACCAAGCUCUCCUAUCUGUACAUGCGGGAUAACAAGUUUACCGGCAGCAUUCCCGAUGCCAUCGCCAACAUGGUCUCUCUCGGCGACCUGGACCUAAGCUACAAUGGCUUCACAGGGUCACUGCCCUCUCGCAUUGGUCGACUCACCAACCUCUUCAACUUAGCCCUGUCACGCAACCAGCUGUCAGGGUCCCUCCCCAACUCCUUCUCCAACAUGGCCAGCCUCGGCUCCAUAGAGCUGGACCAUAACCAGUUUUCAGGGUCACUGGCGCCGCUCGCUACUCUCUCCUCCCUCGCCUCAGUCACUACUCUCGGCUUCUGUGCCCUAGCAAUACGACAAACUUUCCUUCUGUCUUCACCCAAAACCCCUUGCCCUCUCCCUAUCUCCCCUUCUUUGUUCGCCCCAUUGCCCAUGGCCCCGCGCAGCACCCUGUGUUGCAACCGCUUCAACGGUUCCAUACCGUCCACCUUCGCCAGCAACGUCUUCUACUCCUUUGACGUGUCAGUGAACGAGCUCACAGGGCCGCUGCCCUCCGGUCUCAGGUUCACCGAACCUCCUGGCGGCCCCAAUUUCAACGCGUCAUACAACCGCCUGUCAGGGGAAAUCCCUUUCGACUUCAACGUCAACUUCUUCUUCACCCUGUACGUCGCCCCUCCCCCUCCUUCUUCACCCUGUACGUCGCCCCUCCCCCUCCUUCUUCACCCUGUACGUCGCCCCUCCCCCUCCUUCUUCACCCUGUACGUCGCCCCUCCCCCUCCUUCUUCACCCUGUGCGCCCCCCCCUCCCCCACCUCCUUCACCCUGUGCGUCACUCGCCCUUCCCCCUCCUUCACCCUUGUCUUCACACCCCCACCUCCUGCAUCUCGCACUCCCCCUUUUCCCUCUCUCUAUCCCAUUUUUCCUGCUCUAUCGCCUGAAUCGUUGCCCCUCUUCUGCCUCGGUUUCCCUUCCCAGGGACAUAUCUCAUAACAAUCUGUCGGGCAGAGCGUUCUUUUCCGGGCAGAAGGAGUUCCCGAUGACUUUCACCAUCAACUUUUCGCACAACAAAUUCUCGGGAGCGAUCGACCCGUCCCUCUCCACCCUCACAUACCUUCACGACCUGUGCGUUGUUCUCCCUCCCCCCCGUUCUCUCGCAAAAGAGCGAUCGACCCCUCCCUCUCCACCCUCACAUACCUCCACGACCUCCAACACAUUCAACGGCUCUGUUCCGCCCUUCUUCGGUUACAUGCCCAACAUGACUCACCUGGACAUGGCCAUCAACCUUCUCUCUGGCUCACUGCCUCCUGCCAUCUUCAACCUUCGACAGCUUUCCUACCUCAACGUGUCUCGCAACCGCCUCUCAGGCCCUCUGCCCAACGCUGCUGCCAGUCCAGCUCUCAUCAUGUGCGUAUGCCCUGGAAAUUAUGAGAUCCUUGGUAACCAUGAGAUCCCUGGUAACCAUGAGAUCCCUGGUAACCAUGAGAUCCCUGGUAACCAUGAGAUCCCUGGUAACCAUGAGAUCCCUGGUAACCACGAGAGCCCCGCUAACAUACCAUUUGAAUCUCUCCAGGAGGUAACGAACCCUCAGUGGGUGUGGGGGGCGCAGGGGGGGCUGCAGGGGGGAACUGUAGCAGGAACGGGGGGGCGGGGGAAUAGCAGCGCUUCAGUGGCAUGGCUAGCUUUAGAUGGGAACUGUGUGGGGAGCCAGGGCGUGGGGCAGCAGCGGGGGGCGGGAGAGUGUGCGGCGGUGUGUGGGAUAGAGUCAGGGCAGGGGCCCUGUGGGGGUGCGGGAGCGGGGCAGUGUGUGGUGCAGAGCGGUUGGCCGCCGUCCCUCUCCUGCUCCUGCGCCAGUGGCUACGUUGCUGUCACUGCUGCUGGCACUGCCAACACCACCACUUGCGAGCUGCCGCCUCCUUCCCCCCCUGCGCCCUCAUCGGGGCUAUCAGCAGGGGCGGUGGCGGGCAUAGUGGUGGGCGUGGUGCUGCUGCUCGCUGCUAUCGCUGGGCUGCUCGUCUUCUUCCUCCUCCCCUCACAGAGAACCGACGCCCCCCCUGGUUCAACCCAGGUGUCUCUCACCUUUGAAGAGCUCGUGCGGAUUGCUCAGGGCGCAGCGGAAGGGCUGGCUUACCUGCACCACUCGCUGUCCCCUCCCAUCGUGCAUCGCGACGUGAAGCCCGCGAAUAUUUUGAUUGGCGAGGGCCGCACCGCGAAGCUGGGUGAUUUCGGGCUGGUAAAGAUGGAUAACCUGGAAAAUGCGACAAACCUGGCGGGCACUCCCGGGUACAUGGACCCGGAUUAUGGUGACAGUAAGAUUGUGACAACAGCAAGUGAUGUGUUCAGCUUUGGCGUGGUGCUGCUGGAGAUGGUGUCGGGGAAGCGGGCCGUGUUGGACGAGAGUGACAUCGCCUUCAGCAACCGCCACAUUUCCAUCUGGGCGAACGAGCUUGUGAUGGCGGGGAAGAUCACCCAAGUGGUAAUGGAGGAGCUGAAAGCGCCACCUGAUGCCAUCAUCAUGUUUGUCGAUCUCGCCAUGGAUUGCCUCAAGCGGCCGGGAGCCUUGAGGCCGGAGAUGCGGGAAGUGGCACGGCGCCUCAACAACAUCCUUGCCGUUGCACAAGGAAAUGCGCCGGUGGGAGCUCAUCUGAUGAAGCAAAAGUCGUGGAUGGGUGGUGCUGAGAACUUGCUCUCCUUUGAGGAGCUCGUACGCAUUGCACUGGGUGUGGCGGAAGGGUUGGCAUACCUCCACCACUCGCUCUAUCCUCCCAUCGUACACCGCGAUGUGAAGCCUGCAAAUAUUCUGAUUGGCGAUGGCAAGACGGUGAAGCUGGGUGAUUUUGGGCUUGUAAUGACGGAUAACCUGGAGGUUGCAAUGCCUGGGUACUUGGACCCCGAGUAUGGUAACGGCAAGAUUGCAAGGACCGCGAGUGAUGUGUACAGCUUUGGCGUGGUGCUGCUGGAGAUGGUGUCGGGGAAGCGGGCCGUGCUAAAUGGGGGUGACACCGCCUUCAGCAACCAACACAUAUCCGUCUGGGCAAACAAGCUUGUGAUGGAGGGCAAGAUCUCCCGAGUGGUGAUGGAGGGGCUCAAGGCCCCACGUGAUGCCUUCACCAUGUUUAUCGGUCUCUCCAUGGAUUGCCUGAAGCGGCCUGGAGCUCUAAGACCGGAUAUGCGGGAAGUGGCACAACUCAACGCGAUGGCAGACAGUGAUACUGACUCUUCUAUAGGUUCCGAGGAACUUGAAGAAGGAGAAGAAGAGCCCAGCUCGCUUACCUUCCGUUCUGAUGGUGGCUGGCUGAAGCGCUUCUUUGACUCGGCCUUUUUUUGCGAGUGGAUCGCCGUCACGUACCUUUUCAAGCACCAGAACGGUGGCGUGCGAGACUAUUUGUGCGACAGAAUGUACUCGUUACCGUUGGAAGGAGUUCAGGACUACUUAUUUCAGAUAUGCUACCUCGCUGUUCACAAACCGAGCCCAUCUCUCGAGAAGUAUACCACUGAUGUCUGUUCCCAGUCGCUGCACUCAUUCCUGCGGGUAUACUGGUUUCUGUCAGCUGAGCUCACUGAUCGACCCAACGACCUAAUUGUUGCUACCAUUCAAGCCAAAUUCUACGAGGCUGCUGUGCAGGUGGAUAGCAAUGGGGUGGAAACUCUCCGACUUUCUGAUAGGAAUGACACAUUCUUUCAGCGAUUAUUUGGGGAGUCUUCUGAAAAAGCUGGACCGAGCUCACUGGAUGAAAGCCUGACGACAGCUUCAGCAGCUGAAUCAUCUGAUGCUGCAGUGAACGUUUGUUCAUCGGUUGGAGCAGGAGACGCUGCUGUAGCUGAGGCAAACGCGGCAGUUGCUGGAGGAGAAGAUCAUGAGCUUUUGAGAGAUGGAACCGAUGAGCAUCUUGAUUCAAAUGCUCAAGAAGGUCUUCUGCAGAGAUUGACAAGUGCUGACUCACCUGAAAGGCCUGAUCCAUCUGACAAGCCAACAGAGCAGGCGCAGGAUGGGGGUGGAGCUGCAGUGCCAGCGGACAGUGAAAACGGCUUGCUCAAGUGGAUGCUGUGGAAGAGACCUGGUGGCAUGAGCAAGGAGGCAGUGACUCUGAUCGGAGGAGAUGCGCACAAGAAGGAGUCACAGUCAAAAGAAAACACUGGGAGAGUGGUGAUGGAGAAGGCAUGCCCUUCUCCCUCUUGUCACAAGCAGCCCGCUGCGGCUUCAAGCCCCUGGUCGUUGCGAGCAGAGGGCCUCUUUUCAGCACUCAAAGGAGGAGUUAGAAGUAGUCCAAGCACUGCAGGGACACCCCUGGGACGUGGAGCAACAGAGGGCGUUUCCAUCAUCGAUAUUGGGGCUUCUGCUUCCCCUCAGACUGACGAUACUCUGGAAGGCUUGUAUGGUGCGCCGAAGCUCCCCAAACACCCGUCAUUCAGCAUCAGGAAGAGCACCGUUCUGGCCACACUGGACUUUGUGAAGGCCCUUGGGGACAUCUCCUUUGGACUUGUGGAUGUCUUUCCCAACGAGGACAGGCAAACGGCUCUCACAGAGUCCCUGGCAGAGCUCAACGCACAUCUUGCAGGCAUGCCGGCAAAUGAGGGUCAAGUGGUGAGGCUGUUGGAGGACGAGGCUGUGCUCAUGAGCUCGCGGGACAGAGUGCCUUUCAUGCUGCUGCUUGAAGUCCUCAACUGCCUCCCCUUGAGUGCACGCAAGGCCGGCACGACACCCGAGGGCAUGGCACCGGCCAAGACAGGCAUCCCCCUGGCGGCCAGCCAGCCUUUGCCCAUGCGCCCACCCCCCUGGGCGCUGCACAUGUGGAGCCACGCGCGCCCCUCCUCUCAGCACUCGCAGGACGCCCCCCUGGGCCUCUCCCGCACGCUGUCAGACGUGGCUCUGGACCGCGCCAUGGCCAGCAUGAUGGAUACGGAGAAGGGGGGCGAUGGAGAGCAGGCAGAGUGGGAAGAGUACGUGAGUGUGAGGCUGGUGGCAGUGCCAGGGGUGACUCUUGACGACCUCACAGGCCUGGAUGCUGUCAGCCUCUCCCGUGGUCGAGCCAGAGUUCCCAGCAGCCUUGCCAUCGCACACGUCCGGGCAGUCACCCAUCAAGGCGAAGGGCCUCCUCCAGGCAUGCCUGUCACCAGUCCUUCGUCAGGAGUCGGCCCCGCUCAGGAACUGCUGGAGAGACAACGAGUGGAUGAGAGCUGGGAGAGUCGCAAGGCAAGAAUAAGGCAGUCGUCCAAGUUUGGCACAUCGCCAGACUGGGACCUGCGGUCAGUCAUUGUCAAGAGUGGCGACGAUUGCCGGCAGGAGCAUUUUGCCUUGCAGCUUGUCUCGCACCUAUCUGACAUCUUUCAAGAAUCAGGGCUGCCACUGUGGCUAAGACCGUAUGAGAUCCUGGUAACUUCAGGCAGCACUGCUCUCAUUGAGACCAUCACGGAUGCAAUCUCAUUGCAUGCCCUCAAGAGCCGCAACCCUCACUUCAAAAGCCUGCGGCAAUACUUUUGCGAGAAAUUCAAGCAUGGGUCUCCUGACUUUCGCGUUGCCCAGCAGAACUUUGUAGAGAGCAUGGCAGCCUACUCCGUUGUCUGCUACCUCCUGCAGCUGAAGGAUCGGCACAAUGGCAACAUUCUUCUGGACGACCAGGGCCACAUCAUCCACAUUGACUAUGGCUACAUGCUCUCCAACUCGCCUGGCUCUGUCAACUUCGAAACUGCACCCUUCAAACUCACCCGUGAAAUGGUCGAGGUUAUGGAUUCUGAUGCUGAUGGUUCCCCAAGCGAGGCAUUCGAUUAUUUCAAAGUUCUGUGCAUUCAAGGUUUCCUUACAUGCCGCAAGCAUGCAGAGCGCAUCUUGUUGCUGGUUGAGAUGAUGCAGCAAACACGGUGUCCCUGCUUCAAGGCAAAGCACCGAGUACUACAUAACUUGAGGAGGCGCUUCCACCUUACACUAACAGAGGAGCAAUGUGUCUCACUCAUCCUCUCUUUCAUAAGCAAGAGUGUCGAUGCUUGGAGCACCAGGCAGUAUGACUACUACCAGCGUGUUCUGAAUGUCGAAGCAACGAGCCCUGUCACCCAGGAAUCCGUGCACGCUGCUGUUGCCGCGAAGGACUUCGCUAGGAUAGCUGAAAUCUGUGGUCGGCUUGAGCUUGAGGCUGCAGCAUCGGGAGCACCGCCUCUACCCGCGACGAUCCAGUCGCUGCAUCUGCUUGCCUUGCUUCACGAUGGAGAUUUGAAUGAGGCACGGUUUUUAUGGAAGCGGAUACCUGCGUCAGUGAAAGACGGCAAUGCUGAGCUAGCAGCCACGUGGAAAGUGGGACAAGUCAUGUGGAAGCGAGACAGCCAAGACGUUUACGAGGCCUUGAAAGCCUUUGACUGGUCGCCUGCUGUGCAACCCAUGGUCGCUGCGGUCACAGACAGAUACACACACACCAUGAUACAACUGUUGGCUCGCUCUUUUUCCACCAUCUCACCCUCACAUGCUGCCACGUUCCUUGGUCUUUCCUCUCAAGAAGCCCUCUCCUUCCUGGAGGCCAAGGACUGGAAGUAUGAUGCAACAACAGACAUGUUAACUCCACCAGUUGUCCAAGUAGGGAAGGAUAGGGAAAUUGAGGAGGAGCAGAGGCAACUAGCACAGGUGAAACGUCUGACAGAGUAUGUCUUCAAUCUGGAGCAUUGA